AUGGCUCGAGCUUCCUCAAAUUCUGCUGUAUCGGAGGGGAAACGCCAGCAGAACAGGGACAAUGGCAUGAGAUACAGAGAGCAGGCAAAGCAAGAUUUACAGGCCAUCAUCACCACCCUAAACCCGCCACUGCCAGAUACAUAUAAUCUUGGCUUUCCAAAAUUCGGCACUGCGGGAAUCGAGGAACUUAAAACGUUCAUCCAGGCGCUUGAUAAGCGUGCGACGACAGACGGCUCUACAUCUGGCGAGAUCCUUGGUUUAGAUGCCUUCUGGGACUAUCUUCGGGAACGGACGAACAAGAAGAUAGACGUCUAUGACUAUUCAGUGGAUAAACCCACCGAUAUAACACGACAGUGCACGGUCGAGCAGGUCGUAUCCCACUGGUCACGCCCUCAGCAUGAACGGCCCGCGCUGAGCCUACAGCUACUUAACCUCGAGAACGGGGUUAGAAGCUUCUGCCCGACCGAAGUCCUCCUACACGGCCUGAGGGGUAUGGUCUCUAAGAUGGACUUGGAGCAUCCAGGGAGAACCGGCUCGGAAUGGAAGGGCAGUGACCGAGAGGAGUUCUUCCUCCUCAGUGGGGCUAUCGCCGUGUCCCCGAUCCACGUCGAUACCGGUGGGCAGUUAACCUGGAUCAAGAUCCUCAAAGGACGGAGGAUUUGGUAUUUCCCGCGGGCUCUGCACGGGAGUACUGAGUCCCUCGCAAGUAGAGGACCGCAGGAUACACGUAUGUGCGCGGACGGCUGGGCUAGGGUGAAUCUCUGUGCAGGCGAUGUACUGAUUAUGCCACCGAGCUGUCCACACGCGGUCUAUACGCCGGAGGACUGCCUAGCAGUGACUGGAAGCUUUUACACGGCUGCCCACCUCGGCUCAUCGCUCCGUGGGCUGCAGUUACAAGAGGCAUAUCCUGAGAUCAGUAACGAAGACCUUGAGCCCGAGUUCUAUAGACUCCUCAGCCAUACCUUCACUCACUAUGACCAUCUCUACAUUCGCGAUACUGCGCUGCCAGACCGUAUCUACGAAUCUACGAUCUGCUACCUUGAAGCCGAAGACCUAGCCCUAGCCACCUCACUACCUACCCUGCACACCCAUUCAAAAUCAGAAUCAUUGAGGGCUUUAAAGCGCGUACAGCGCCGGCGCGCCACGAUACCGGAUACUAUUCUUCAUGCUCGUCAGGAACUGCUCAAUAUUCUACAAGAGCGCGUGAAAUGGGACUUAGAGUCAACCGACGAGGAGGAUGUCGAUAUGGAGGACAAAUGA